CUGAUUGUCAGUGGGUAAACAUGAGCGAAAUGCUAGAGUACGACAGUAUUUUGGACCAGUACAAAGAAGUUGUUUUUGACGAGUUCUCAGAUAGUUCCGAGGAAGAAUACAAGGGAAACAGCAAACAUUCAAAUGCAGUACUAGUACUGAGGAAGAGAAGUUUCAGUAAAUCUAGAUCAUCUUAUAUCAGACAAUUCAACCUAGCAAGGAUCAUCAGUAAAUCUGGAAGACUUAAUACAUUUCUUACCCAACUACAUCAUAAAAAUAUAUCCUACAUCAGAGAUUUAGGGAACACUUUGUUAACAAUUCGGUGGAGAUGGAUCAUUAUGACACUAUUUCUUGUCAAUUUCAUCUGUUUCAUUAUCUUUGGAUGUUUGUGGUGGUUUUUGGCGUAUGUAAAUGGCGAUUUUCAUGCUAACGCCACUGUUAAAUGUGUAGAAAAUACUCAAACUCUAACAGGUUACAUUCUCCUCAGCGUAGAAACAAUUACCACAAUAGGUUACGGAUAUCGUGUUCCUACCGAGCAUUGUCAAGGAACUUGGGUAUUGUUGACGUUACAAGCCAUGCUGAGUGUAGCCAUACAAGGAGCUUUAGUUAGUAGCGUGUAUGUGAAAAUUUCGAAACCGUUCACCAAUAUUUCUUCAUCUAUAUUCAGUAAGAAAGCUGUGAUAUGUAUGCGAGAUGGUAAGCUGCGCUUCAUAUUCAGAAUACACGACUUCAAACGUAAGAUAUGGUGCGGCACGAAUAUUUCUCUGUAUUUCAUGGAUAAAGAACAGAUUUACCCAAAUACUGAAUUCGAAAUGAUUCAGAUGGAGAUCGAACCUCAUGGUCUUCUCAUUUUUCCUCUGCAAAUAGAACACGUCAUCGAUGAGUACAGUCCUCUUUGGACGUUUCGGCCUCUUGAUAUUCUUCAGUCGAGAUUCGAGAUCAUUGCUGUGGCCGAAGGAAGUUCAAAUAUAACCGGAAUUGUCUCACAAAACAGGACCUCCUAUUCGAAUUCUGAUAUUUUGUGGGGUCAUCGCUUCAAACAUUGCGUGGAAUUCGAUGAUAUAGAACAUGCCUAUAUGGUAGACUACAAGAAAUUCAAACAAGCCAUCCCGUUCGACACUCCUCUAUGUAGUGCGAAAAAAUUGAGAGAGGUUGAACGCAUGCAGGAUUUGUCAAAAAAGUGAAAAUUUCGAAACGUUAGACUAGGUAUAAUGAAUUAUCAAUAUCAAUAUUGUUUAUAUCCUGAAUAAUCGAAUUAUCGUUAUCAUUUUUUAAUUUCAUAUUUCAUUAUCAUAAUAUAUUUACUAUAA